CUUAGGUUUUGGAUUGAAUAAAAGCGCUGUCGAAUCUGAUCGACAGCGCUCGCGUUUCAAGAUCGUAGCUGAGUUUGAGCUAUGAAUCUCGUACUGUGGAUCACCCUCGCAUCGUGCCUGUUCUGCUUUACACAUUCGGCCCAGGCAGGAAAAAACAGUAACAACCGCCUUUUCGGCAGCGCUCACAUGGGCCGAACAGGACAGAAUGUUCUUCUUCACAGCAGUAUACAUUUAGAGGGAAAGAAUAGCAUGGUACGCUUAAAGAGUAAUACUGGAACAUUUAAAGGAGAGGACGUUCAGUCAAACCCCGGUGACAAUAAUCAAGAAAUAUUUCAAGCAUCAACGGUGGAGUCUAUCUUUUUCAACUUGGAAAUGUUUGGAAAUUGGUCCAAAUGGUCGCACUGUGAAAGACCUGACUGUACUCAACAUCGCCACCGAGAAUGUAUCGAUGACUCUUGGUUACAUCCGAGAUUAAACAGCUCCAAGAUAUUAAACUGCGCAAGUAAAUAUUACGCAGAAAUACGCGUGUGUCUAGAUAAAAGUGCUUGCGCAACACCAGCAAUGUUAAACAACUGUGGUGUGAGACCUGAAUUCGUGGGACCAGCUUUCAAAAUCCUGGGUGGUGAAAUCAGUAAGCCAAAUUCGUGGCCUUGGGCGGGACCUGUGGCCCAAACCCGUGGAUGCUCUUGAAACAGUGUUCAUAGUACUGG